GAACGUUCGAUGGAUAAAUCAGGGAAAUAAAUUACAUAAAUAGGCCGAUACGAGUAGCCGAAAAUGUGCAAGUCGGUUCAGCGUAUAUAUCAUACGAUACGUACUACUAGCUAUAGUUGGCCUGGACUCGGAUCGGCUUGCCACAACCCAGACUGUUGAUUGAUACAGCCCCAUACGACACUGGAUCAGGCCAUUGUAACUAAUAUCUCACAAUCGCCGUCACGCACCUUAAAUACCAUCUUCAUCUGCUAGUACGCCCGCGAUGUCUCAAUCCACAGGCAAAAUGAAGCUUGCAGUCCUUACUUCGGGAGGCGACAGCGCUGGUAUGAAUGCUGUCGUCCGUGCCAUUGUCAAGAUCGGCAUCUUGAGAGGCUGCGAAACAUGGAUUGUACGGGAAGGAUACGAGGGGCUUGUGAGGGGCAACACCCAGGCGCAUUCAUUGCAUACAGACCUUCCAGCUGAUGCAUCUGCACUAAAAUGCGCUCAUCGAGGAGUACCCACUAAUCUUAUGGCAAAUCUCCGUUUUGGAGAUGGUGACCUUCUACGAGAUGGAACAGGUGAUCAUCACCAUGGCCGCACAUUGAAAGGUCGAUAUAUCGUUCGUGUGGGGUGGGAUGAUGUCAGAGGUUGGUUUGCUGAGGGUGGUACCCUCAUUGGAACAGCUCGAUCGGCAGCCUUUCGUACUCCAGAAGGUCGUCUGUCUGCUGCACGCAACCUAAUCAAAGAGGGAAUUGAUGCACUUGCCGUCUGUGGAGGUGACGGUUCCCUAACCGGCGCGGACCUAUUUCGCUCCGAAUGGCCUUCUCUCGUAUCACAGCUGCUCACUCAGGGUGUGAUCACAGAAGAGCAGGCAGAGAAGCACGGACAUCUCAAGAUCGUUGGCCUUGUUGGCUCGAUUGACAAUGAUAUGAGCAUGACAGAUCUGACCAUCGGUGCACCGACAGCAUUACACCGUAUUUGCGAAGCCAUCGAUAACAUUAAUUCGACUGCUGCAAGUCAUUCGCGUGCAUUUGUGCUGGAGGUGAUGGGGAGACACUGCGGCUGGCUCGCCUUGCUUGCUGGCGUCAGUUCUGGUGCAGACUUUAUUUUUAUCCCUGAACGCCCGCCUCAAACUAUCCCUGGGGGAACCUGGGAGGAUGACAUGUGUGAAGCCAUUCGUGGCCACAGAGAAGCUGGCAAGCGUAAAACAAUCGUCAUUGUCGCCGAGGGUGCGCUUGAUGAGGAUCUUCAGCCUAUUCGUGCAGAAUACGUCAAAGACGUCCUUACUGAACGUCUUGGGCUUGAUACGCGUGUCACAACUCUUGGACACACCCAACGUGGUGGCAGGCCUUGCGCUUUUGAUCGGAUUCUGCCGACACUACAAGGCGAGGAAGCCGUUAAGGCACUCCUAGAGGCCACGCCUGACACUCCUUCGUACAUGAUUGGUGUAAGGGAGAAUAAAAUAAUCCGUGUGCCACUCAUGGAGGCGGUGGCGAUGACCCGUGCGGUAGCUGAUGCAAUCGGCGCAAAGGACUUCGCAAAAGCAAUGUCCAUGCGUGACCCUGAGUUUUACCAGAGCUUGGAGGGUUUCUUUGCCACCUCGACGCUAUUCAAAGAGAAGCAACUGCCUCACUACAGAAGAAUGCGUGUUGCAAUCAUGCACAUGGGCGCCCCAGCUGGUGGUAUGAAUGCUGCCACCCGAGCUGCAGUACGUUACUGUAUCAAGCAAGGUCAUCACCCACUUGCGGUGCACAAUGGCUUCCGCGGUCUGCUUGACGACAACAUUCACGAGCUUUCUUGGCUGGGUGUUGAUGCCUGGGCCUCCCGUGGCGGUUCUGAGCUUGGCACAAACCGUACCCUCCCAGAUGUUGACCUCGGUGCAGUGGCUGCACGUUUCCAAGAACAUAACUUCCACGCACUCCUGAUGAUCGGUGGUUUUGAGGCAUUCAAUGCGCUCCUAAUCCUUGAGACUGGGCGGAAGCACUACCCUGCAUUCCACAUCCCAAUGGCCCAUCUCCCGGCUACGAUAUCAAAUAACGUGCCCAUGACGGAGUUCAGCUUGGGUAGCGACACAAGUUUGAACGCGCUUGUUGAUGCAUGCGACUCGAUCAAGCAGAGUGCGAGUGCGAGUAGGAAUCGAGUGUUUGUGGUUGAGACGCAAGGUGGCAAGUGUGGAUACCUUGCCACCAUGGGCGCGUUGGCCACUGGUGCCAGCAUUGUCUACACUCCGGAGCAGGGUAUGAACCUUGACACCCUUCGCCAGGACGUUAAGUUCCUGAAGAUCCGCUAUGGGCUAGAUGCCAAGGGCAAGAGCGAAGGUCGUAUGGUCAUUCGCAAUGAGUGCGCGUCGACGGUCUACACCACAGAUGUCAUGACGAAGAUGUUCAAGGAAGAGGGCGGUAACCUUUUCGAUGCUCGUUCCGCCUCCCUUGGACACACCUUGCAGGGUGGGGUCCCAUCACCUAUGGAUCGUGCACGUGCCGCGCGUCUAUCUUUGCGAUGCAUGGCAUUCCUUGAAGAACAUCACGAUGCCCUACAUAAACAAGUUGGGAAAGUGAAGCAGGCGCCGCCUGAAAGUGCUGCAGUUAUCACAAUACAAGGGUCUGCUCUUGAAUGGGUGCCGGUCCAGGAGAUGGUGCAACACGCAGAUAUGAAGAACCGCAGAGGAAAGACAGCUUGGUGGGCGGAGAUCAAGGACCUUGUGGAAGCACUGGUCGGACGGCCUGAAAUUUUGUGAGUUACCCAGAGGAGCAGGAAAAUCAGUGUCGUAUGUGUUACCUUUGUAUACGUAUAUAGGUGUUCAUAUUCGCUUUCCGGUUUAUUGAUAGAUGGUUGGUAGUUACAGAUACGAGCAGAAUGAUAUCAUUUAUCCACUCAAUCGUCGUCGUUGGGCGCGUACGACCCAACUUCGACGUUGUCCGACUUCACUUGGUAACGAUUUGAGACCGUGUAAUGAACACAAGUGAUUACAGGCAGCCCAAGCCUGUAACCAGGUGUGGCCAUUUGUCUUGUGGAUGAAAAUCAUAACAUUCUGUAACCACGAUUGUGAACAGGCUGAUAACAAGAGUGUGAGCACAUUAUGUCCCAGUAUGAUGGUCGCCAUCGACCACAACCACUGUAUGGUCCAUGUACAAGAGCAUAGAACA